AUGGAAACAAAUCCAGCGAUAAAAAGAAAGGUCCUGUGGAAAAUUGACUUAUUUAUUUGUACCAAUCUUUUUCUUAUUGCUUUCCUGGAGUUUUUGGAUAAGAAUGCGUUAGGUAUUGCUGCCGUUUACUCCUUAAAAAAAGAUUGCAAUUUAGUUGGUAACCAGUAUUCCACAGUGGCUUCUGUAUUCUACUUCGGCUAUCUUCUAGGAGAGUUUGCAUGCUUUUUUCUACUUUCAAAAGUAAGAAUCGGAAAAUUUGUUUCAAUCUCACUUGGGUUAUGGGGAAUUUUAUUGAUGUGUAUGGCGGCCUGCAAUAGUUUUGGCUCUUUGGUAGCUGUCAGAUUUUUGUUGGGUAUAUUUGAAGCAGCUAUUCUUCCAUCGUUCAUUAUUAUCAGUAGUAUCUGGUGGACAAAAUCUGAGCAGCCAUUGAGAAGUACUCUAUACUUUAAUACGUUGGCUGGUAUUCUUGGUGGUAUUUUUGGACAUUGCAUAGGUUUAAUAAACGGAAAAUUGGCCACCUGGAAGUACAUUUUUUUGAUUUAUGGGGCGGUCACUGUGUUCUAUUCCCUUAUCUUAGUUUUCAUUUUGCCCGAUAACAUUGAGACUGCAUGGUUUUUAAGCAAGAGAGAGAAGCAGAUUGCCUUUUUGAGAGUGAUUGAUAAUCAAAGUGUUAGUGCUCAUGGAUCCAAGAUAAAAGUAAACCAAGUUUGGGAAGGCCUCCGUGAUCCCAAAUACUGGAUUGUGGUGGCAUUCAUCAUAUGUCAGGCUAUAACAAAUGCUGGUAUCACCAAUUUCAACCCUUUGAUUAUUAAAGGUUUUGGUUUCUCAGCCUUAAAGACCACCUUGAUGGGUACUCCUCAAGCAGCUGUUGCUAUGGGUGGUGGUAUCAUAGUUACAGCCUUAUGCAUGUGGAUCGAAAACAUCAGAUGUCUCCUAUGGUUCUUAAGUUCACUUCCAGCUUUAAUGGGUUCGAUUAUGGUAAAUAGGAUCAAUUCCCAUCAGCAUAGAAGUGCAGCACUUGCUGGAGUUUAUCUGAUGGGUUUUUACAAUGUCCCAUGGUGCUUAAUGCUUGCGCUCACAUCAUCCAAUAAUGCUGGAUCAACAAAAAAGGCUUUCAUGUCGGUCUCGGUCGCAGUUUGGUAUGCAGUAGGUAAUAUUAUUGGCCCAUAUUUCUUUAAAGGCUCCCAAGCUCCAUACUACCCGAUGGGUAUUCACGCGAUGGAAGCUUCGUUUUGCAUUAUGGCAUUUACUGGAUUCCUGUAUUAUAUUUGCGUCAAAUAUCAAAACAAGCAGAAGGAGACACUGGCGGAAAACUGCGACUUUAUUGCCGAUUCUCAGACUCAAGAUCAAUCAGAUGGGGAUAAUGUACACUUCAAGUAUGUCUACUGA